AUGCCCGGGUUUGUCCUCCAACUCCUGAGCCUUCUCUGGGCUGCAGCAGAGAUGAAUACCCAGAUCCGGAGCUCCUGCUUUGUCCCCUCUGCCCAGCAGCCCGCAGUUCACAGCAUUCAAGCACUCAUGGAGAGCUCGGUGACCUCGUCAGGCUUCCCAAACCCCAGCGUCCUCAUUGCCAUGAACCUGGCCGGAGCCCUCAGCCUGGAAGCCCAGACGCUGCUCACUGCCAAGCUCAUAGCCAGUGACACCAAUGAUUUAACCUUGGGUCAACUUGCCCUGAGCAUCAUGGCCCUCACCUCCUCCUGUCGAGACCCGGGGAAUCGUGUAUCGCUUCUACAAAGACAAAUGGAGACCUGGGCACCUUCAAGCCCCAACGCCGAGGCGUCAUCCUUCUACGGCCCCAGUCUCGCAGUCUUGGCACUGUGCCAGAAGAACCCCGCGGCCGCCUUACCGAUAGCAGCCCGCUUUGCCAAGUCCCUGCUGGCCAACACCUCCCCCUUCAACGUGGACACGGGAGCGAUAGCAACCUUGGCUCUGACCUGUAUGUACAACAAGAUCCCCAUAGGUUCAGAGGAAGGUUAUAGAGCCCUGUUUGGUCAGGUCCUAAAGAGUACUGUGGAGGAUAUCAGCCUGAGGAUCAAUGACCGUGGCAUCAUCGGAGACAUCUACAGUACCGGCCUUGCCAUGCAGGCUCUCUCUGUCACACCUGUGCAGCCUAACAAGGCGUGGGACUGCCAGAAGACCAUGGAUACGAUGCUUACUGAGAUUAAAGAGGGGAAAUUCCACAACCCCAUGUCCAUUGCCCAAAUCCUCCCUUCUUUGAAAGGCAAGACAUACCUGGAUGUGCCCCAUGUGAUCUGUAGUCCUGAUCACGAGGUGCAGCCAACUCUCCCCAGUCAUCCUAGCCCUGGCCCCACCUCAGCAUCCAACAUCACGGUCAUGUACACCAUAAAUAACCAGCUGAGAGGGGUGGAACUGCUCUUCAAUGUGACCAUGGAUGUGAGUGUGAAGGGUGGAUUGGCGCUACUUGUCGUCCUAGAAGAAGCGCAACGCAAAAGUCCCAUGUUCAAAUUUGAAACCACUAUGACAUCCUGGGGUCUCGUCGUCUCUUCUAUCAACAACAUUGCUGAAAAUGUUAAUCACAAGACAUACUGGCAGUUCCUUAGUGGCAGAGCGCCUUUGAAAGAAGGUGUUGCAGACUACAUACCCUUCAACCAGGAGCACAUCACAGCCAACUUCACACAAUACUAA